UUCUUCUUCUUCUUCUUCUUCCUCUCUCCCUCUCUGAGGCUGAGGAGAUUGGAGGUGUUCACCUUCUCUCGCUUCUCUCUCUCUCUCUCUCUCUCUCUCUCUCUCUCUACCACAUCAGUCUCUGUCAAACUUGAGGUAGUUUGGUCUCUCUUUAUCCAUUUCUUCCUCAAUCAACUCCCUACCCCUCAUCACUGUGCCCUACAAGUUGCAUAAAUUAGAUGCAGUAGCUUGGUUUCUUCCCAGAAGCUCGCGCGCUCUCUCUCUCUCUCUCUCUCUACAGCGCCUCACAUCUCAAGCUUUCAGCGGGAGAUGUCCUAACAAGGCCCAUAAAAUGGUAGUACCAUCUCUCAUAUAGGAAUCCUGAGUACUCUACAAGCCAAAGGCCUGCAUGAUCUCUAGGUAUCGCUUCCUCUUGACCUCCAUCACAGCAAAUUAAAGCAUCUAUAUCGGCUGCUGGAUCUUGGAGUUUGAUUGUUAGAUUGUUCCCUGUGCCUCGCCCCUCUCUCACCAUCAUUAGAUCUCAAGUCCUUAUCUGUGAAGUACCAUGGUCUGAUCCAGACAUGGAGGGCGAACCUGGCGGAUCACGACGGCCCAACUUCCCUCUCCAGCUCCUCGAGAAGAAGGAAGAAGACUCCUGCUCCAGCUCCGCUUACCCUUCCUUAGCCAUAUCCUCCACCACCGCCGCUGACCGACUGAGGAAGCCGCCGCCCAAGCGGAGCUCCAACAAGGACCGCCACACCAAGGUCGAGGGGCGCGGCCGCCGGAUCCGCAUGCCCGCCCUCUGCGCAGCUCGCGUCUUCCAGCUCACGCGCGAGCUGGGCCACAAGACCGACGGGGAGACCAUCGAGUGGCUGCUCCAGCAGGCCGAGCCCGCGGUGAUCGCGGCCACGGGCACCGGCACCAUCCCCGCCAACUUCACCUCGCUCAACAUCUCCCUCCGCGGCUCCGGCUCCAGCGUGUCCGCUCCCUCCCACCUCCGCGCCGCGAAUUACUUCGGUGGCGUGGCGGCCGCUCACCCCGGCCCGUCCCUUCGGUUCCACAACGAAUGGGAACGUGGCGGCAGCUCUGCUUUCCCCCCGGAGGUCCCGUCGUCCUCCUCCUCCGUGCUUCUCAAUUUCAACUCAUGCAGCAUCGGCCUCGACGCAUCGUCGGAGGCCGACAUCGGGAACAUAAGGAAACGCCGAUGGGAGUCGGAGAUUCAUCAGCAUCAACCAUCGCCAGUGCAGCAUCAGAUGGCAGGCUACAGCCAGGCAAGCCAUGGGCAGAUGCCAGGAACUGUAUGGAUGGUCACAAACCCUAACGCACAAGACAUGGUGGGCAGUAGCAACCAGUCUAUAUGGACAUUCCCUCAAGCAGCAAAUGCCUCCAUGCUUAGAGGAUCCAUGUCCGGCGGUCUGCACUUCAUGAACAUCCCUACGCCCAUGGCUCUUCUGCCAAGCCAGCAGCUUGGGCUGGGUUCCGGCGGCGGCGAGGGGUACACCGGAAUCCCUUCCGCCCUCAACAUGUACCGAUCGUCGCCGAGCAACUCCGAGGCGAUGCAGUCUAUGACCCAACAAUCGCACCGAGACAGCGAGCGCCAUGACACGAUGAGCACCAGCGAUUCGUAGCUCGGCCUCACAACCAUGCAUGCGCUGGUUUUCCCUCUUCUUCUGCUUUAAUCUUUCGAUUUUUGGAUGAUUUUUUACUCUAUUUGUUUUGACUAUAAGCCUACGUCCGUCACUCGCAAUACGAAUGCAAGUCAUUUCUGUGUGUGAAAUGGCAGGUUUUGAUGGUUUCACUACCUUAAUUUGGAUCGACACACAGUGUUGUGAUCCUAUCUUUCAUAACAUGAUCUCUUUUCUUCUUCUCCGGUUCUUAUUGGGUGGCUGCAAGAUGCUCAUCAACCGAAAGAGAGAGAGAGAGAGAGAGAGAGAGAGAGAGAGAGAGAGGUGAGAGGCUCCUAUUCAAUGAAGGUGACCAGAAAGACGCAUCGAGCUCAGCAGCACGUCAACUUCAGAAUCACUCAGAGAGUGAUAUGAUCAAUGAUUGCUGCCUCUUGGAAUGUGUUGCGCUACAGUUCCAUAUACACAUCCAAACACAUACAAGUGUUGUACCAUUUCUCUGUACAUGAAAACACCCAUCAAAAUACAAUACUGGCAUGCAGGAGCUCUCAACUACAGCACCGUCUGAGUCUGCCAUGGAUGGAUGAAUGUGAAGGAGGAGCAUGGCAAAAGGCCAAAGCUGUCAUAAUUCCACGCUAGCGCAGGCUGUCGGCUCUUUCUCUAUCACAGUCGAGUUGUCACAGUGGGUAACCCUAACCACAUGAAUUAAGCCUUAUCCUUUCUCUCCUCUCUCUUAAGCUCAUCUCCUCCGAGAACAAGGUCGACUAUUACUCUUCCUUGUGAAGUCAUCUUCCAAUGGCUGCGUAAAACACAGAUAUGUCAGCUUGAUUUGGAUGUAUAUUUAGUUAACUGUUGAAGGUCAUAUAUUUCC